AUGAAUACAUCACGAAAGACAGAUUACAGGAGGGUGGUGAACGCAUGCUCGCGAUGUCGUCACCAUAAAAUCAAGUGCACCGGCGAAUCCCCCUGCAGCAACUGUAUACAACGCAACGUCAAAUGCCAAUUCGCAAGGGCAGAAACAAAAGUGCAAAUUACCAGAAAGCGACUGUCUGAGUUGAACCGCAGAAACCAUGAACUAGAGAAAGAGAAUCUUGCUCUGCAGCAACGACUGUCAGCCUCGACCGAGGCAGCAGCAACACCGGACCACUCUCGUCUCGCCUCGCCAUUACAUCCACCAAGUCCCGGAAUUGCCGACUCGCCGGCUAACAAUAGAUUAACUCAAUUUCACGAUGAGCACGAAGAGGAUGUUAGCAUGGUGAACCCUUUGUCCUGUGGGCCUCCCAAGUACAUCACAGACACAACCGGAACGCCCCACUACCUUGGCCAUACCUCGACUUGGUCCCUUACUGUCAGACUCUUACAUUUGACACACGAGGCCCUAUAUAAUUGCCCAUUCCCAAGUGCUGCUCACCACGUCGACUCAAUGACCUACGACCUGGAAUGGAAUGGGCUGCGCAGCCAGGCUAUUCCCGAUGUCCGUGGUCUUCCUUCACUUGACCAUGCGCUUUUCCUGAUUAACGCAACCAAGUUCCAUACUGGCCAACUUUUUCAUCUGUUUGACGAGCCCAGAUUUAUGGCACAGCUCUACCACUUCUACGAAAACCCAGCGGAAAAUAUUUGCACCGUAGGGUUGUGGCUUCCACACUUCCUGGUCAUUAUUGCCCUUGGCAAGGCCUUUAUUGGAGCGAAGAGCCAUGGGAAAAGGCCUCCCGGUGUGGAGUUCUUCAGAGCUGCUUUUAUGAUGCUUCCGGACUAUAGUUUCCUAUGGAAGGAUCCAUCCACCUCUGCAGAAAUACUCUGUGCAUUUACCUUGUACUUGCAAUCUAUUGACUGGAGAACAUCUGCACAUAAUAUGGUGAGUCCGUUACCUCUCGCCAUGCAGAAUAAUCAUGGCUCGCUCUUAUGCUGCAUUGCUCACAUAUAUCUAGAUCGGCCAGGCCUGCGAAUCUUACAGGUUCACGGCUACCAUACAGAUCUUUCCUCCCGAUUCGCCAAUGAGCAAGAUCUAAUACGAUUCCAAAAUAUCUGGUGGACUGUGUAUGUUUUGGAACGUCAGGUGUCGGUGCUUAUGGGUGUGCCCCUGACUAUUAGCGACAAUGAUAUCACCGCGUCAUUGCCUCUAUUCGCAGAUUCAUCGCUGAAGACGGCGACUGUAGCGAUACAUGUCAAACUAUCGAAGGCUUUUAGCCGGGUUGUGAACGCCCUCUACCGAGAGAAGGAGAACCCAAACUCGACAUUUGUGAAAAGCACGCAAGAAGUUCUACAAAGAGUAGCAAAUGUGGCAUCUGAUCUUCGUGAAUACUUUCCCGUUCCCGAGCAAGAAGCCAUGAAUGGCAUUUCACGAGUUUCAGGGUACAUGAACUUGCUUUACCAUCAGUGUAUCAUGCUUGCCACUCGCCCCUUUUUGUUCAUGCUCGUUGAGAUUUGUGCGAAUUCGGAAGACUCUCAGAUAGAGGUUCCCACGCCCAUCAAAUUGCUUCUGCAAAUUUGCGUCGAAUCGGCGAAGAAGACGUUACAAGUUUUGGGCGCUCUGCAAGACCAAAAGUGCUUUUUGCCAUUCGAUUUGGAAAGCGCCGUCUCCGCUGCCCUUGUCAUUACCAUGGCCUCCCUAGUCAGCCCUCCAAUGGUUGAGAACCACACGUCGCUUCUUGACACAUUGUAUUGUGUUUUGGAUCGGAUGAUUGACCAAGGAAAUCUGAUAGCCGCCGACCAGAAAAAAGAGAUACGCCAGUUGGAGAGCCUUUGUGCAAGCCUGAAAACAUCUACAGUCCUGGCCAGCUCCUCACGCCCACCGGAGUCCCAAACAAGGAACGCGCCGGAGGCAGGACUGACGCCAGGACCGUCCAGCGAUGACUGGGACCCCUGUAUGGCAAGGCCAAGGAUAGAUGGCUCGGGCGCAGGAGUAGCAUGGGACGGACAGACUAACGAACCAUUCCACUGGACAAGCAAUUUGUCACCGACCCAAUUACUGGAGGCUGCUGAUAUGUUGGAUGGUGGCGACUUGCUGGAUUGGGUUGAUCUGCCGAGUAGUACCUUUGCAUUUGGGAACGAAGGAGAGGAUCGAGGUCCUUUGGGGUUAUCAUGUAUUCGUAACCGCACACCAACGCAAAUAAUAAAUGUAUAA